AUGGCCAUCAACAAUGUCGCCUUGAUAGGCGGAACCGGGACUCUAGGUGCUCCGAUGCUCAAAGCGCUGAAAAAAUCUGAAUUCGACCUUUGGAUCUUGAACAGACACAGCUCUAAGUCAGUUUAUCCUGGUACAAGAGUCAUCACUGUCCCGGAUGAUCUGGACGUCGAUGCAGUGGCGCAAGCCCUUCGAGACAACCAAAUUGACGCUCUGAUCAUCACAAUCGCGGGAAGCCACGUCGAGUCACAGAAGAAACUCAUCGAUGCUGCGUUCAAAGGCGGCGUCAAGAGGGUGAUGCCAGCCGAGUUCGGUAGCUGCGAUUCUGCGGAUGAGAAGACAAAUGAAAUUCUGCCCCUCAUGAAGGGCAAGAAGGUCGUGCGAGACUAUCUGCUUUCGAUGCAAGACAAGGAGCGCGAUGGUGGUGCGGGCAAGUUGACAUGGACGAGCUUGGUCACUGGACACUUCUUCGAUUAUGGUCUCACCUGUGGUUUGUUGAAGUUCGAUGUCAAAGGCCGGAAAGCCUACCUUCUGGACGGCGGCGACAUCAAGUUUUCCGGAUCGAACUUGGAAUUCAUCGGCAACGCAGUCAUCAAGAUUCUAGAGAAGCUAGAAGAAACCGAGAACAAGCUUUUGUAUGUUCAUAGCCACUACGUCACGCAACUCGAAGUCCUUGCUGCGCUGGAGAAGGCCACAGGCGAUAAGUUCGAAAGGAUCGACGAGAACAGUGAGGAAGAGCUGAACAAGGUCAGGCCCAAGAUGUUGGGAGGUGAUGGGGAGGCAACAGAAGAAGUCGUUGCGAUCUGGGGAGUCGUUGCAGCUGACUGGAGUAAGAGGGAGGGCUUUGCGAAUACGUUGUUGGGGCUGAAGCAGGACGACCUUCAAGAGACUGUCAAGGAAGUUUUGGCUUCUCUAUAG